AUGGAAGACAAUCAACCCGCCUCACCACUAUCACCAUCACCAUCACAGCCAUCACCACCACCAUCACAGCCAUCACCACCACCAUCACAGCCAUCACACCCAACCCACCCCGAGCUCUCCUACACCACCAUCCCCCUCAACACCCCCGCGACCGAAAUCCGUCUUCUCGAACUCUUCCCCUCGGCAGACUUCUCCUCCCCGCUCCACUGCCGCCUCUACAACACGCCCAUUUCCUCACCCGCUCCUUUCAAAGCCCUAUCCUACGCCUGGGGUAGCGACGACAAGACGCAUCUCAUCUACAUUGACUCCAACGACUCCAUCGACUCCAACGACACCAGCAAUGUCGGCGCCACAACAAGCGUCAUCGAAGUUUCUUCUCCCAGCGGAGACAAUGGAGGAGAGGAAAAAACUCAAACAUCAACGACGACGACGACGACAAAAAGGUGUAUAAUCCGUAUUACUGCCUCGCUAGAUACGUGUCUUCGUCAUUUACGAGCUAUUUACCACUCUUCUUCUCCCUCCCCCGAGUCCCCCUCCCCCGGGACCCCCCUAGCCCUCUGGAUCGACCAGCUCUGCAUCGCCCAAUCCGACUCGCACGAGAAAGCCAUGCAAGUCGGGCUCAUGAGCCAGGUCUACUCACGCGCCGAGCAGGUGUUGGUCUGGUUGGGUCCGGUAGCGGACGGGUCGGAUGAAGUGAUGGAUGCGUUCGCGGAGCUUGGGAGGGAGUUUGAGAGCGUUGGGGUAGGCUUGGGCGAUGCGGCGAGGGUGGACGAGUUGUUGGCGGGGUUUUGCGAGGGUGGUAUAAGCGGUGGUGGUGGUGGUGGUCAGAAGGAAGUGGGAGAGGGGGGAAACGGCGAUUUGGAAAAGGGAAAGGAGGAGGAUGAAGAGAUUGGGAAGAAGAUUGACGGGGGGAGUGAAAAGAAGAUGGGCAAGGAGGUGGAUGUGACUGGUGUCGGGGUAGGUACUACCGGUGGAAGUGGUCAGGUCAUUGAUGAUCCGGGCGAUUGUAUUGCUGCCGGUGAUCGCGGUAAGGUUGGGCUUGGGGUUGACCUGCAAGUGGGCGUCACCGGUACAGAAGCGUUGGACGGAGCCGCAGUGACCUGCGCGACGAACGAAGCCAAUUCGAGCAUUGGAAAGACCCUCGCGGAAGUUGUGGAGGACGGCGGAACGAGAAUUGUUCGCUUAUGGGCGUCGGGAGAGUUGCAAGCUCUGUUUCGACGCCCAUGGUUCACACGGGUGUGGGUCGUGCAGGAGGCCUGUCUCUGCGCCGACACUGUCUUUGUGUGUGGAGCGAAGCCGCCGGUAGACUACGACAUCCUUGGGGCGAUUGCGAUCUGUAUGAUUUACGCCAUACGAGAGUUUGAGCGCAAAGGUGGCUACAUGCCGGAUUGGGACGGCGUGAGCACCCUCAGCACCGAUUCCGAAAUAGCGGGAGUCAAAAUGGCGAGAGAGACGGUCCAUGGCCUGAGCAGCUUGAUGCAUCUGUUGACUCAGUCUUUCAGCGGUCGUCAUUCAACUACCAUCGUGGGUACCGGAUUGGAGGUCUGGCUUGCAAGCCCCCUUUAUUCCGAUCUCGACGACGACGACGACGAAGACGACACCAACCCCAAGGAUGAGAAUCCGGGAACCGAUAGGGAUGUGUUCAGGGCAUGUGGGCCUCAUCACUCAGCUGAUACGGUGUCAACUACGACCAAUGAGAUAUUUGGUCUGCGAGGAUAUCACGUUGAUGCCAUAGAAGAGGUGGGUGUUGUCGCAUACCAGGAGUCCUUCUCCACGAAGCCGCGGCUGCACGAGACUCUUGAGUUCUUUGAGAACUUGGACAGAUUCUGGGAGCUUUCCAAGGAGAAGAACGACCAACUCAUAUACGAGACGCCCAGGCGACGGGAGGAGGCAAUUUGGCGUGUACCCGUUGGAGACAUGGUGCUUGAUUGGCAGAGCUUGGGUGAACACAGGGCAAAGGACGAUUUUGGUCUUGAAUAUCACAAAUGGAGACGUACUUUGAAGGAAUACCAAGCCAUGGGCAUCGACAUGGCUGCGCCCAACUGGAUGGAUGGUAUGGAUGAAGAUAAAAAGGACAAGACAAGGAAAUGGGUGGCAAGUGCUCUAGGGCCAGAUGGAGGGAAACACUACGACGGAGCUCUCGUAUACAUGGCCAAAAAGUGCCUAUACAUCACAAAGAAAGGCUACUUGGGAAUGGGGCCCUCCCAGAUCCAACCUGGGGACGUCCUCGUCGUUUUCCCGGGAGCAAGGAUUCCCUUCGUCCUAAGACCAACAGCAGAGAAAGACACCUUUACUUACGUUGGGGAUGCCUAUUGCGACGGCAUCAUGGAUGGAGAGAUUACCUUCAGGGAGGAGAAACAGGAUUUCUUCCUCGUCUAG